AUGGGGGUAACAACACUCGUAGCUGGCCUGGAGGCCAAGCUGGGGGAGUCGCAGAACCAGAGGGACAAGAGGGUCGAGGAUCUCUGGAGACGGCUCGACACCCAGGGUUCCGGCUACUUGGACUUCAAGGGCCUGAAGACGGGGCUCAAGAAGAUUGACCACCCCAUGAAAAAUGCCGACGUGAUGCUACGUCAGAUUAUGGCCAUGGUAGAUACCAACUCGGAUGGCAAGAUCGACUAUAAGGAGUUUCGGGUCUUCGUCGAGCACACCGAGAAAGAACUUUUCCAAUUAUUCAGCGCGAUCGACCAUGACGGGAAUGGCAAGCUCGAUAAGGAGGAGAUGCGGGCUGCCUUUAAGAAGGCCGGCAUGGCAAUACCGGCCCGGAAGCUGGACGCUUUCUUCAGCGAGAUCGAUCUGAACAACGACGGAUAUAUCACCUUCACAGAAUGGCGGGACUUCCUCUUGUUCAUGCCGGUAUAUAAUGGCGAUGUUCCUUUACAAGACAUACUUAAGUACUAUUCGUCGAUAGUCACCCUCACGGCAGAGGGCGAGUCGAUGGUAUCAGAGGAGGUAGUUCGAGGCUCAGGUACGACCGCCUUCUUCCUAGACACCUUUUUUGGAUCUCUCUUGCGGAUCGCUUCUCUGCACUACAUUCCGAAUUCUUCUGCGCACGUCUCUCCGCCGUUGCUGUCGUCUUCGUCAUCUCCGUCAUCUCCGUCGUCUUCAAACGCACCGAUCCCGCCGCCGCCGAGCUACGAACACUCCCUUAUUUCCGACCGAGACAUGCGCGCGGCGAACCAGUUCCGAGAGUUCACAGCACCCGAUGCCAGCCAACCGGACAAGAUGGAUCUCAGGGACCUAGCUGCCAUACAGUGUAUCCUGGACGAGCAAGAGUUGGCAGGACCUGUGUGCGACGCCCUCGAGCGGGACAGCGCGGCCAAUUCAUCGGACACAAGCAGCAGCAGCACAGCAUUGAUAGGAGAGGAGCAAGGCUCGCGGGGCCGCACCAAGAAAAGCUGGCUGACGGAUUACCUCCCGGAACCAGGCUAUUUUAUUGCGGGGGCCGCGGCCGGCGGUCUCUCGCGCACUGCCACAGCACCCCUGGACCGCCUAAAGGUCUAUCUCCUCGUCAAUACGACUCCGAGAGCCGAUACGGCUGUCGCUGCGCUAAAGAAGGGCCGCCCUCUGCUGGCGCUGUACAACGCGUGCAAGCCAAUUGGCGAUGGCUUCAGAGAACUCUGGCGCGCCGGUGGUAUUCGGAGUCUGUUUGCGGGAAACGGUCUGAACGUCAUCAAAAUUAUGCCUGAGAGUGCUAUCAAGUUCGGGUCGUAUGAGGCAGCCAAGCGUGCUCUUUCCACAUUGGAGGGUCACGGUGACCCCAAGGAGCUUAGCGGUUACUCUAGAUAUAUUGCCGGCGGUGUUGCUGGCAUGAUCGCCCAGUUCGUAUUAUUCAGUGUUUACCCGGUCGAUACAUUGAAGUUUCGGCUACAGACAUCUACCGUCGAGGGCGGGCUAACGGGUAACGCGCUUGUCAUCGACACGGCCAAGAACAUGUGGAAAACCGGGGGCGUACGGGCGGCCUACCGCGGCGUUACCAUGGGUCUCCUGGGCAUGUUUCCCUACAGCGCCAUCGACAUGGGUACGUUCGAGUUCCUCAAGGCGUCGUACAGCGGAUACAUGGCCAAGCGCAGAGGCGUCCACGAAGAAGACAUACAACCGGGCAACAUCGUGACCGGCAUCAUGGGCGCCACCAGCGGUGCCUUUGGAGCCUGUGUGGUGUACCCGCUCAACGUGUUCCGGACUCGUCUCCAGACGCAGGGGACGGCCAUGCACCCGGCCACAUACACCGGUAUUGUGGACGUCGCGCGGAAGACGAUCAAGAACGAGGGCGUUCGGGGCAUGUACAAGGGUCUCGCCCCGAACCUGCUCAAAGUGGCACCCGCUCUGAGCAUCACCUGGGUGGUUUACGAAAACGCCAAACGUAUUCUCCAUCUUGCGUAA